UUAACAUAUAUUUGAGUGCUACGAAGUGUACCGCGGGACUUUCGGAAGUUUGGGAUGGCGCCGUUUAGAAGGAGUAAGAAACCCCCACCAGAGGGGUGGGAGCUGAUUGAACCAACUAUCGAGGAACUAAAUAGGAAAAUGCGAGAGGCAGAAACAGAUCCUCAUGAAGGGAAGCGUAAAGUAGAGGCUGAGUGGCCUAUCUUCCGUAUUCACCACAAAAGGUCCCGAUUUAUUUACGAUUUAUACUAUAAGAGGAAAGCGAUUUCUAAGGAAUUAUACGAAUUUUGUUUAAAAGAAAAGAUUGCCGAUGGUAACUUGAUUGCCAAAUGGAAGAAGCAAGGUUAUGAAAACUUAUGUUGUUUGAGAUGCAUUCAGUCUAGAGAUACAAAUUUUGGGACGAAUUGCGUUUGUCGAGUUCCAAAGUCAAAGUUAGAAGAAGGGAAGAUUGUUGAGUGCCAAAGUUGUGGCUGUCGUGGAUGUUCCGGUUAAUCAUGAUUAACAUACAUAAAACUUGCGAAGUUUAUGUAUUCGAUUAUCUAUUCCAAUGACUAUUUUCAUAACUGAAAUGCACUUCGUUGUAUUCUUGUUAAUGAUGUAUAUAUUUGAUGCUAAAUAAGUUCACAUAUCCACUUCGUUGGUUUUGUAUAUUCAUCGUUGAUAUGUCACUAGAUCUAACACCUUGUCAUCUGGGGGAUAUGUUUUUGUGCAGACCAUUCAAACUGUAGUACCUGGGAAAUUAUUCAUUCAGUUAACUUUCUCCUAAAGAAUUUUUUUAUUGUUAAUCUAAUGUGGUUACGCAGUUUCAUAUUGUUUAUUCUUAAGAUGUAAAUUCUCUGUAUUUGAAUAAACGAGUUUGUGGUGUUUGUAUUUUUUGUCAGAAUACUUGUGAAAUGUAUUGUUUGUACUCACUAUGCCUAGGGAUAUACUAAUAUCUCUUUUUGAAAGUAAAACCCUUUGAAUUAUUUGGACU